GGCUUUUGCCAAGAACUCUCCGUGCCCUGAAGCUCUCAGCUCUCCCAUUGGUCCACUUAGUUUCACUGUAUUGAGAGGCAUAUUUUCAAGUUGCAGAGCAGUGGUAACUGCCAGUGUCUCUUGGGAGCCAGGUGCCUUGUGUUCGGGGACCACAGCCGGUGACAAUGACAGCUGACGAGUUGGUUUUCUUUGUGAAUGGCAAAAAGGUGGUGGAGAAAAAUGCGGAUCCAGAAACGACCCUUUUGACCUAUCUGAGAAGAAAGUUGGGACUCCGUGGGACCAAGCUGGGUUGUGGAGAAGGAGGCUGCGGGGCUUGCACAGUGAUGCUUUCCAAGUAUGACGUUUUCCAGAACAAGAUCGUUCACUUUUCUGCCAAUGCCUGCCUGGCCCCCAUCUGUUCCUUGCACCAUGUUGCCGUGACGACUGUGGAAGGAAUAGGAAAUACCAAGACCAGGUUGCAUCCUGUGCAGGAGCGAAUUGCCAAAAGCCAUGGCUCUCAGUGUGGCUUCUGCACCCCUGGCAUCGUCAUGAGCAUGUACACGCUGCUCCGGAACCAGCCUCAACCCAGCAUGGAGGAGAUUGAGGACGCCUUCCAAGGAAAUCUGUGCCGCUGCACAGGCUACAGGUCCAUCCUCCAGGGCUUCCGGACCUUCGCCACGGAUGGUGGAUGCUGCGGUGGAAAUGGGAGCAACCCAAACUGCUGCAUGAACCAGAAGAAAGACGACACGCAGAUCACUCUCUCGCCAUCUUUAUUCAACCCAGAGGAGUUCAUGCCCUUGGAUCCCACCCAGGAGCCCAUCUUCCCCCCAGAGCUGCUGAGGCUGAAAGACACUCCUCAGAAGCGGCUGUGCUUUAAAGGAGAGCGUGUGACCUGGAUCCAGGUUUCAAUGCUGAAGGAGCUGCUGGAUCUCAAAGCGCAGCACCCCGAGGCCAAGCUGGUGGUGGGGAACACGGAGAUUGGCAUUGAGAUGAAGUUUAAGAAUAAGCUGUUUCCUACGAUUGUCUGCCCAGCCUGGAUCCCAGAGCUCAAUUCAGUGGAGCAUGGGCCUGACGGAAUCUCCUUUGGAGCUGCUUGUUCCCUGAACCUCAUGGAACAGACACUGUAUGAAGCAGUUGACAAGCUGCCUGCCUACAAAACAGAGGUGUUCAAAGGGGUCCUGGAGCAGCUGCGCUGGUUUGCGGGGAAGCAGGUCAAGUCUGUGGCGUCCAUCGGCGGGAACAUCAUCAAUGCUAGCCCCAUCUCCGACCUCAAUCCUGUGUUCAUGGCCAGCGGGGCCAAGCUGACCAUCGUGUCCAGAGGCACCAAGAAGACACUUCAGAUGGACCACAACUUCUUCCCUGGCUACAGAAAGACCCUCUUGAAAGAAGAGGAGAUACUUCUUUCCAUUGAAAUCCCAUACAGCAGGGAGGGCGAGUUUUUCUCAGCAUUCAAGCAGGCCUCCCGGAGGGAAGACGACAUAGCCAAGGUGACCUGCGGCAUGAGGGUCCUUUUCCAGCCAGGAAGCACAAAGGUCAAGGAGCUGGCCCUGUGCUACGGCGGGAUGGCCGACAGGACCAUCGCGGCCUGUAAGACCACGGAGAAGCAGCUGUCCAAGUUCUGGAAUGAGCAGUUGCUAGAGGACGUGUGUGCAGGCCUGGCGGAGGAGCUGUAUCUGUCCCCCGACGCCCCUGGUGGCAUGGUGAACUUCCGGCGCACUCUCACUGUUAGCUUCUUCUUCAAGUUCUACCUGACGGUGCUUCAGAAGCUGGGCAAACAGGAUGCUGAUGAUAAGUGUGGUAAACUGGACCCCACCUUUGCCAGCGCUACUUUACUCUUUCAGAAAGACCCUCCGACCAAUGUCCAGCUUUUUCAAGAAGUGCCCAAGGGUCAGUCUAAGGAAGAUAUGGUGGGCCGGCCCCUGCCCCACCUGGCUGCCAACCUGCAGGCAACUGGGGAGGCUGUGUACUGUGAUGACAUUCCUUGCUAUGAAAAUGAGCUGUCCCUCCGGAUGGUCACCAGCACCCGGGCUCAUGCCAAGAUCAAGUCUAUAGAUUUGUCAGAAGCUAAGAAGGUGCCAGGAUUUGAGUGCUUUCUCUCUGCUGAUGAUAUUCCUGGGAGUAGAAAAACUGGAAUUUGUGGUGAUGAAUCAGUCUUUGAGAAGGAUGAGGUGACUUGUGUGGGGCACAUCAUUGGUGCUGUGGUUGCUGACACCCCAGAACAUGCACAGAGAGCUGCUCUAGGGGUAAAAAUCACCUAUGAAGAUCUCCCAGCUAUCAUCACAAUGGAGGAUGCUAUAAAAAACAACUCCUUCUAUGGAUCCGAGCUGAAGAUUGAAAAAGGGGACCUCAAGAAGGGAUUUUCAGAAGCAGAUAACAUUGUUUCAGGUGAGCUGUACAUCGGUGGCCAAGAACACUUCUACCUGGAGACUCACUGCAGCAUUGCCGUCCCAAAAAGAGAGUCAGGGGAGAUGGAACUCUUUGUGUCUACACAGAACCCCACAAAGACCCAGACGUUUGUUGCAAACCUGUUAGGGGUUCCAGAAAAUCGGAUUGUGGUGCGAGUAAAGAGAAUGGGAGGAGGCUUUGGAGGGAAGGAGUCCCGGAGCACGCUGGUGUCCACAGCUGUGGCCCUGGCUGCACACAAGACUGGCCGCCCCGUGCGCUGCAUGCUGGACCGUGAUGAGGACAUGCUGAUAACUGGCGGCAGGCAUCCCUUCUUGGCCAGAUACAAGGUUGGCUUCAUGAAGACGGGGAAGGUUGUGGCCUUGGAGGUGGAACACUACAGCAAUGCCGGGAACACCAUAGAUCUGUCCCAGAGUAUCAUGGAACGUGCUCUGUUCCACAUGGACAACUGCUAUAAAAUCCCCAACAUCCGGGGCACUGGGCGGCUGUGCAAGACCAACCUGCCUUCCAACACUGCCUUCCGGGGCUUUGGGGGCCCCCAGGGGAUGCUCAUCGCUGAGUAUUGGAUGUCUGAAGUCGCAGAGACCUGUGGGCUGCCUGCAGAGGAAGUGCGGAGGAAGAACAUGUACAAAGAAGGGGACGUGACUCACUUCAACCAGAAGCUUGAGGGGUUCAACUUGCUCAGGUGCUGGGAUGAAUGCCUGGCGAAUUCUCAGUAUCAGGCUCGGAGGAGCGAGGUGGAGAAGUUCAACAAGGAGAAUUGUUGGAAAAAGAGAGGAUUGAGCAUAAUUCCUACCAAGUUUGGAAUAAGCUUCACAGUUCCUUUUAUGAAUCAGGCCGGAGCCCUGAUCCAUGUGUACACAGAUGGCUCUGUGCUGCUGACCCACGGGGGCACUGAGAUGGGCCAGGGCCUCCACACCAAGAUGAUCCAGGUGGCUAGCAAAGCUCUGCACAUCCCCACUUCUGAUAUUUUCAUCAGUGAGACAAGCACUAACACCGUGCCCAACACCUCUCCCACAGCUGCCUCCGUCAGCGCGGACAUCAACGGCCAGGCUGUCUAUGAAGCUUGUCAGACGAUCCUGAAAAGACUGGAACCCUUCAAGAAAAAGAAUCCUAGUGGCUCCUGGAAAGACUGGGUCAUAGCUGCCUACAUGAAUGCGGUGAGCUUGUCUGCUACUGGCUUUUACAAAACACCCAACCUUGGCUACAGCUUUGAAACCAACACAGGGAAUCCCUUCCACUACUUCAGCUAUGGGGUGGCUUGUUCCGAGGUGGAAAUUGACUGCUUAACAGGAGAUCAUAAGAACCUCCGCACAGACAUCGUCAUGGACGUUGGGACCAGUCUGAACCCUGCCAUCGAUAUUGGACAGGUGGAAGGGGCAUUUGUCCAGGGCCUUGGCCUCUUCACCCUGGAGGAGCUGCACUACUCCCCUGAGGGGAGCCUGCUCACCCGUGGCCCUGGCACCUACAAGAUUCCUGCAUUUGGCAGCAUCCCCACUGAGUUCCGGGUGUCCCUGCUCCGGGAUUGCCCCAACAAGAAGGCCAUCUAUGCAUCCAAGGCUGUUGGGGAGCCGCCCCUUUUCCUGGCCUCCUCCAUCUUCUUUGCCAUCCAAGAUGCUAUCCGUGCAGCUCGAUCUCAGCACAAAGAUUGUAAUACCAAGAAAUCUUUCCGGCUAGACAGCCCUGCCACCCCGGAGAAGAUCCGCAAUGCCUGCGGGGACAAGUUCACCACCUUGUGUGAUACUCCUGUGCCAGAAAAUUGUAAACCUUGGUCUCUGAGGGUCUGAAGAGAAAGCCUCCAACGGAGCCUUCUUGUGUUACCCUGGAGCUUCCUUCCAUGGAGCAGGGAGCAUGCCCUGCAGAACACGAAUCUAUAAUGUUGAAGGAUGAGAAUACUAUGAUUUGUCAAGAUGGCAAUUGGGAGAACAUUGAAUGCAUUGGGAGAUUUUGAUCAAAAAUGUGAUUUGCAAGCAUAAUGAUCAACAAAUUCAGAACUUCUAGGCCUAAGUGGCUCAUAUGCAAUAAGGAUCAUUUCAUGUCUGUUUUAAUCGUGUAUUUGAGAUAGAUUUAGGAAGUGCUUGUUCUGUGUCCCUACUCUGUGGACAGCCUGCAAACCU